GUUUUCCACUCCCCCUUAUAAUGGGAUAAGCCCUGAAACCGCGUAAUAUUCGUUACAAACUCCACCGCCGACCAGAAAUCUUACCGCUCACUUUCCGUUUCCUGUACUUUUGUGAUUCUCGCGUAGACCCGACAAAAUGAAGCUCUGAUAGCGGAUCUGCAGUCAGCGGGCGUGCAAUUUUGUGAUAAACACUCGAGUUACGGAUGCACAUGUUCGAGCGUAUCGAUUGGAAUCGAUUUUUCAGCGAAGAAUGUGAGAACACCGCCACCGACUUAUAGCCGAUAUCGCAAGAGUAGCGGACAAUUGAAAAUUGGGGGGUUGAAAAAAUGUCGGAGCAUCUGGAGCUGAGGCAGCUCGUGGAUGGGCUGUCGCAAAGGGUGUCAACCCGCAAGUGGCUGACCUUGAAUUUCUCGUGUCCCUAUCUGGGAAUUAUACUUGCCACCAUGUCAUCCUUGUUCUUCUCCCUAUGCUCAGUGAUCGUCAAAGGACUAGUCGAUAUAAAUCCAAUGGAAUUAGCUUCAUUUAGAUUUGUAGGUGUACUUUUACCAGCCAUACCAAUUGUGAUAUAUAAACGAGAGCCAAUCUUUCCGCGUGGAAAGCGAAUCAUCCUGAUUCUACGAUGCUUCAUGGGAACAACCGGUCUAGUGCUAAGCUUCUAUGCAUUUCGACACAUGCCGCUUGCCGAUGCGUCCGUGAUUAUCUUCUCAACACCAGUAUUCGUUGCCAUCUUUGCGCGACUCUUCCUGAAGGAACCAUGCGGCUACUUCAACGUCGUCACCAUAAUUCUUACGCUAAUCGGAGUAGUGCUCAUAACGCGGCCCCCAUUUAUUUUUGGCGAUGAUGCAGCCAUAUCGUCAACCAGCAUUGCGGACCAAAACAUUUUGACAAAACAGUACGACGUAUGGGGCCCGGUGGCCGCUCUGUCAUCUACACUUUUCGGUGCCAACGUUUAUGUCCUAUUGCGCGCGCUCAAGGGUCUUCAUUUUUCCGUGAUCAUGACAAAUUUCGGCGCAUUCGCCCUGGUCUACACGUUGAUAGUGUGCUGGAUGAUCGGAGCGAUAUGCUGGCCGCAAUGUGGCAUCGAUCGGGUUUUUGUUGUCUUACUAGGGAUUUUUAGCUUUCUCGGUCAAAUUUUAUUGACCAUUUCACUGCAAUUGGAACAGGCCGGGCCGAUUGCCAUUGCACGCUGUGCUGAUAUUGUUUUUGCGUUCAUUUGGCAAAUGAUAUUUUUUGGCGAGACGCCAACUAUUUAUUCACUUGUUGGUGCUUUAUUGGUCGUAAGCUCAGUGAUUUUGACUGCGCUAAGGAAGUGGGCGAUAUCAUUGCCGCGCGAAUCAAUGCUUAGGAAAAAAUUACAAUUUUUGGCUUUAGAUUGAAUAUAAUGUUGUAAUAGUGUAAGAUAAAGUGAAAUACGGAACAAAUUGAACGUAAUAAAAAUUUUCUUAAUACGACUUUUAUGGAUACCUUCCGCACGUUAAACGUAAGGUUUUUUCUCCCCCAAUCAAACCCAUGCAAAUUGAAGGUGGUAAAUUCGAAACGCCCGAAAUAAAAAGUAUUCAAAACCGAAA